AUGUUUCUGGUUAUUCUGGAUAUUCUGGUGUUUCUGGUUCUUCUGGUUUCUUCUGGUUUUUCUGGAUCUUCUGAUGUUUCUGGUUCUUCUGGAUUUUCUGGUGUUUCUGGUGUUUCUGGUUCUUCUGGUUCUUCUGGUUCUUCUGUAUCUUCUGGAUCUUCUGAUGUUUCUGGUUCUUCUGGAUAUUCUGAUUCUUCUGGUUCUUCUGGUUCUUCUAGUUCUUCUGGUUCUUCUAGUUCUUCUGGUUCUUCUGGUUCUUCUGGUUCUUCUGGUUCUUCUGGUUCUUCUGGUUAUGGUUCUUCUGGUUCUUCUGGCUCAUCUGGCUCAUCUGGUUCUUCUGGUUCUUCUGGAUAUUCUGGUUCUUCUAGUUCUUCUAGUUCUUCUAGUUCUCCUAGUUCUUCUAGUUCUUCUAGUUCUUCUAGUUCUUCUAGUUCUUCUAGUUCUUCUAGUUCUUCUAGUUCUUCUAGUUCUUCUAGUUCUUCUAGUUCUUCUAGUUCUUCUAGUUCUUCUAGUUCUUCUAGUUCUUCUAGUUCUUCUAGUUCUUCUAGUUCUUCUAGUUCUUCUAGUUCUUCUAGUUCUUCUAGUUCUUCUAGUUCUUCUAGUUCUUAUAGUUCUUAUAGUUCUUCUAGUUCUUCUAGUUCUACUAGUUCUUCUAGUUCUUCUAGUUCUUCUAGUUCUUCUAGUUCUUCUAGUUCUUCUAGUUCUUCUAGUUCUUCUAGUUCUUCUAGUUCUUCUAGUUCUUCUAGUUCUUCUAGUUCUUCUAGAUCUUCUAGUUCUUCUAGUUCUUCUAGUUCUUCUAGUUCUUCUAGUUCUUCUAGUUCUUCUAGUUCUUCUAGUUCUUCUAGUUCUUCUAGUUCUUCUAGUUCUUCUAGUUCUUCUAGUUCUUCUAGUUCUUCUAGUUCUUCUAGUUCUUCUAGUUCUUCUAGUUCUUCUAGUUAUUCUAGUUAUUCUAGUUCUUAUAGUUCUUCUAGUUCUACUAGUUCUUCUAGUUCUUCUAGUUCUUCUAGUUCUUCUAGUUCCUCUAGUUCUUCUGGUUCUUCUGGUUCUUCUGGUUCUUCUGGUUCUUCUGGUUCUUCUGGUUCUUCUGGUUCUUCUGGUGAUUCUGGUUCAUCUGGUUCAUCUGGUUCUUCUGGUUCUUCUGGCUCUUCUGGUUCUCCUGGUUCUUCUGGUUCUUCUGGUUCUUCUGGUUCUUCUGGUUCUUCUGGUUCUUCUGGUUCUUCUGGUUCUUCUGGUUCUUCUGGUUCUUCUGGUUCUUCUGGUUCUUCUGGUUCUUCUGGUUCUUCUGGUUCUUCUGGUUCUUCUGGUUCUUCUGGUCCUUCUGGUUCUUCUGGUUCUUCUGGUUCUUCUGGUUCUUCUGGUUCUUCUGGUUCUUCUGGUUCUUCUGGUUCUUCUGGUUCUUCUGGUUCUUCUGGUUCUUCUGGUUCUUCUGGUUCUUCUGGUUCUUCUGGUUCUUCUGGUUCUUCUGGUUCUUCUGGUUCUUCUGGUUCUUCUGGUUCAUCUGGU